AUGCUCCCUAAACUUACAGGUUUCUAUCAUAAGGUUCUGCUCCCUGAAUUAACACUUCCAAGAGAAGGAAAAAGUCCAGGAAUAAGAGAACCAGGUAUUUGGGAAAAACUACCGGAAUAUUUCCAGCCUUGGAAUGACCUUGCUAGCCGUAUUGUAGAACUGAUGAAAUCUAAAACUGUACGGGAACACAUUGAUCAGCUAGAAAUGCUCGACCACAAGAGACUGUCAGGACGAGCUGAACUGUUCCUGGCACACCUACAGUUGUCUCGUUUUGUAGCAGGAUACGUUUGGCAAAACGGAAAGAGUGAUCCGGCCAAGAAAAUACCGAGAUGCAUUGCGGUGCCGUUUUAUGGAAUUUCCGAUAGUUUGUCCAUUCGUCCGACAAUAUCUUACUGCGACAUCGUAUUGGCAAACUGGCGACCUAUCGACCCAAAAGCACCGCUGACGUUUGUUAACAUCAGACCGAUCAUCUCUCUACCUGGUGGAAAGGACGCCGAUAACUUAAUUCGCCAAACUGCUGCUGUAGAAUUAGCAUUUACACCUGCGAUUCAGAGAACACUGGACGCUGUUUACGCUACAGAAGCUGGGGACGCUAGUACAUUGGCACACUGUCUAGAGGAUGUUGCUGCUGUGCUGAGGAAAAUGACCGCAAUGCUCUCUGAUAUCCAUGAACUCAUCGACGCCGAGGCUUUGCAAAAUGUGGUUCUACUAUAUUGUGGCGGAUUUGGACCGGGGUCACCAUUACCAGAGGGACUUCUAUUUGAGGGCGUUAGUGACGAAGGUGUAACAGCCAUUGGUGCCAGUGCUGCACAGACGUCCGCUCUCCAGCUUGUAGACGCUGCCCUGUCGGUACAGCACACACAGGAUAACAGAGCUAUAUUCCAGAACCACAGACUGUACAUGCCGCAGAAACACAGGCAGUUUGUCGAGACGGUGGAACAACGAUCACAAAUACGUCAGUAUGUAACUUCAUGCAAAGACGAGGCUCUAACGUCAGCCUUUAAAAACUGUCUGCGCUGUCUCGCUGACUUCCGGAGUGGCCACAUCCGAAUAAUUACAAAGUACGUGGUGAUGGUCAGCAAGAAUGAUCCCGGCAAUGACAAACUGGUUUCCUAUCUCAAAAGUGCGAGGGACGAGACAACUAAUAAUGAACAUGUGUAGAAUGGCAAAGGAAUACCCCCGUCAAUGUGUACGCCGAGUCCAUGAACAUACCUCCAAGAUACACCUUUGUGAUACAAUCUGAAAGAAAUUCCAGACUCAUUUAUAUAAACAGAUCGGAUAUGAUUUAGAAUUGUAAACAAAUGUAUUAUCAUAAAUGUAAUUUGAUUUGACAGUUGUGUCCUGAUAGAGGUAAGAUAACAUCAAUUGUGUAUGGUACGAUGAAUGACUGAGCGUAACCUGUUCCUCCUAAUCAAUGAAUUUCAACUGAUUUUUAUUGACAAUACAUAAAUGAAUGUGGUGGUAAGACGAGGCAUUUCUGAGUCGACCGCCAUUGACCAAUCAGGACAGUACUUACUAUUAACUUCAUCAAUGCCCAUAGAUUUUCAGUUCAGAUACAAAUGAAGCAACCAUAGAAUAAGCGGUUAACUUGGCAUAUUUAUGCUGCAGACUCUAAGUUAUUUUGUUAACCUACACAAUUGACUCCAUAUAUAGGUUGGCAAAUUAUAACAAACAAUGGCAGGAAAUAGUAGAAUUGUUCUGAGAAGACAAUUUAAAAUGGCGCGCAGCUUUGUUUUGUAAGCGGACGCCAUUCGAACACUGCGACAAAGAUUAAGCUAUUAAAUCAGAAAUUGUUUAUAUUCAACAAUAGCUUUGUCGUUGUAGAUAGUUUAAAAUGUAAGUUUGUUUUCGAUGAAUACCACAUAUAUUUCACUCCUAUGACAUAUAUUUUCACACUCGUGACAUACUAAAUACCCAGUCAACUCCAAUGGAUACACAGCGACAUGUCCUUAGCUUUAACAAGCUGGUCCCUGUCUUAAAGACGAAAUUCACACAUAAAAAAAAUCAUCGAGGUGGGACGAUAAUAAGAACUACAAAGUUUGUUUCUGUUAUUUUAUGUUAUAGGUAAAAGACACUCCAAUAGAUUAAAUGUAUACAGUAUUCUCAGCUCUCCCGAUAUUCAGGUAUUACUCAGAUUUAGAUUUAUAGAAAUGUAUAUACAUUGUAUAUCAAUGUAUUGCAAAGCGCCUAAAAAGUGGCUAAUUCUAGAUACAGCUGUACAAUAUGCAUGUACAUGUAGAUAUGGUGCUUUAAUCAAAUUUUGUAAAAAAAUAUUAUGAAGGUCACCAAUCGGCCAAGUGGACGCUGUCGGGCUAUGUACAGCAAUAAUCGUCCUAAUGGACGCUGUCGGGCUAUGUACAGCAAUAAUCGUCCUAAUGGACGCUGUCGGGCUAUGUACAGCAACAAUAAGCCUAGUGGAUGCUGUCGGGCUAUGUACAGCAACAAUAGGUCUAGUGGACGCUGUCGGGCUAUGUACAGCAAUAAUCGUCCUAAUGGACGCUGUCGGGCUAUGUACAGCAGCAAUAGGCCUAACGGACGCUGUCGGGCUAUGUACAGCAACACUCGGCCUAGUGGACGCUGUCGGGCUAUGUACAGCAACAAUAGGCCUAGUGGACCUGUCGGGCAAUGUACAGCAACAAUAGGCCUAGUUGACGCUGUCUGGCUAUGUACAGAAACAAUUGGCCUAAUGGACGCUGUCGGGCUAUAUACAGCAACAAUAGGCCUAGUGGAUGCUGUCGAGCUAUCUGCAGCAACAAUAGGCCUAGCGGACGCUGUCGGGCUAUGUACAGCAACAAUAGGUCUAGUUGACGCUGUCGGGCUAUGUACAGCAACAAUAGGCCUACUGGACGCUGUCGGGCUAUGUACAGCAUCAAUAGGCCUAGUUUCCGCUGUCUGGCAUGUACAGCAACAAUAGGCCUAGUGG